UUCACCGGGAAAAUAAAAAAAUGUUUACUGUUGCUCUAGCUGAGAUGAAGUUAUCGUUUAGCGAAUCACACUUACUUUAACAUACUACGAGCUACCAAUUGUAAUGGAUAUCUGCAAAAAAACAUGAACUGGGAACAGCUUGACCUAAAUCCACGAAUUAUAGCAGCUGUGAAGAGAGCUAAUGUCAAAUCGGCAAAAGAGAUUCUGAGCCUCUCGGGUUCUGAUCUACAGAGACUCACGCAGCUGUCAAAGACUGAUGUGCACCACUUACAUACUGCUGUUGCUCAAGCUUACUGCAAACGCCCACUUGUCACAGCUCUACAGUUGCUGCGUGGAGAAUGCCCUUCUUUAGAACCAGGGCACAGACUCUCUUUUGGCUGUGCUGUCCUGGAUGCGCUCUUGCGCGGAGGCAUCCCACUGUGUGGCAUAACGGAGUUGGCAGGGGAGAGUGGCGCUGGAAAGACUCAGUUUGGACUGCAGCUCAGCCUCUCCGUUCAGUAUCCAGUCGAGCAUGGCGGGCUUGGCUCUGGAGCUGUAUUCAUUUGCACGGAGGACUCCUUUCCUAUCAAGCGGCUCCGUCAGCUCAUAGUCCAGCAGUCUCACCUCAGACAGGACCUCCCAAAGGCUCUGGUGCGCAGCAUUCGCUUCAGUGACAACAUCUACAUAGAACACGCUGCAGACCUGAGUGCACUGCAGACCUGUAUCACUCAGAGAGUGCCGGUGCUGCUGUCUCGGGGAUCGGUGCGUCUGGUGGUGGUGGACUCUGUGGCCGGGCUGUUCCGGAACGAGUUUCAGGCGGACGAGACGGUGGAGAGAACACGCCACCUGCUGGCUUUCUCCAGUACCCUCCACCGCCUCAGCCACACCUACCACACACCUGUUCUCUGCAUCAACCAGGUCACAGAUGUUGUCGAUGGUCCAAAUCCUGGAAGGUGUAAUUUUGGUCUGGUGGAGAGCCGGGUUCUUCCUGCUCUGGGCUUGGCCUGGGCCAAUCAGGUGAUGGUGCGGCUCAUGCUGCGCCGUCUGGGGGGGUGUGUGACGGCCGGCGAGCAGAGCUGCGUCCCCCGCCGCCUGGAAGUGGUCUUUGCCCCCCACCUGCCCCGGGUGAGCUGCCUGUGUGGGGUCUGGCUGGAGGGGAUAAGGGGUAUUGCCAUGGAGGACUCUGGAGAGCCACCACAGCAGGCCCUUUCAGGAACCGCGAGAACCGCCCAUGGACCUGGGACAGCACCAGAGGGAGCAGGAGGCACGUGAAAACCAGGCCUUUAUAGAACCAAGAGGUCCAACGUAACUUCUGCUGUCCCAGGCACUCAGCUUACUGUAAAGUUAGCUUUCUCCCCAGCCAGGCUCUGAGAUAGCAGAUAGCUGUGUUAGCUUUCUCCCCAGCCAGGCUCUGAGAUAGCAGAUAGCUGUGUUAGCUUUGACCCCAGCCAGGCUCUGAGAUAGCAGAUAGCUGUGUUAGCUGUUCCCUCAGUCACUGGCAACAGUGUAGACAGGAAGAAUCAAUACGGUUUCCUUGGAAGAUAUGAUGAGUCGAGGAGAGGUGUUGUUAAUUGCAUAAAUAUUAAAGCUGAUUUGAAGCAAAGGAAUUCUCCUCAGCUGGAAAGUAGUCGCUGAUAAAUUAUGGCUAUUCAAAUCCCCAUGAGGCCAGAGUACUCGCCUGAACUCAUCCUCAGAGACAGAGGGCAUAAUGAAAUUCAUGCAAAUUGCACUUUAAGGACCGUAAGUCCCUAUGAUGAGUAAGCUCACUUGUAUCUAUAAAGGCUGGUGGAAACACUGACAGGGAAAUAGGUUCCCAUUUUGAGAUGGGGAGAAGUUUCCAUUUUUAAGAGUAAUGGUGCAGAUAAUGGUGGCCCUCUCAUUUUACCCAUUUGUAAAGUUGUGAAAGGUAGUUGUUUUUAUUGGCUAGUGUAGUUUAAAGUAGUUAUUUUAUUGUCAAAGUAUUCAAGUUGUUCCCGCGUGCCAUAUUAGGAGCAUUCGUGCAUUGAAUAAAAUGUGUUUCUUUAAGUCUUUAAGUGUUAAUUCUUUAAGUGCUACUUCAUGACAAAAUACAAAAGGUUCUUGCAAAACCCCCCAAAACCAAGUGUCACAGAGAUGAGGCAUCUCUAUAGAAAACAUGCUAAUCUUUCACCCUUGACUUUAAUAGUUCCAUUUCUAGGAUUCCAGCAGUAGGAUGGAGUGCACAGUGCAGCUCAUACUGAAAGUUGAAUAAGAAAAAACUGAUUGGUUGUAUUUAUUCUUUCAUUAUUUGUAACCUUUAGAUGUCUUGUUUUGAGAUUUAAAG